AUCCAGGACUUUGUCUCCAGCUCUGGAUCUAGAACAGUGGCACACAGCAGGAGCAAGAAGCCAGUUACUGUCCUGCAAGGCCAGCACCAAAGUCUAAGGAGAAAUCAAGGGCCACUGAACACAAAAUACUGCUGAGAAUAAUGAGCAGAUUUUUAGAAUGUGUCUGCAUGCAGCGAAAAGAAGGUGCCUGUGCUCAAGUAUGUAGCCUUUGUCUUUGCACAGAAAGCUCCCACGUGGCUCAGGGCCUCGGCACGAGCUGGUUAUUUAAGUGCAGAUUUAGGGUGAGUUCACAACCCAGCCGUGCUGAGCGUGGGGGCUGCUGGCUCCUGCUGUGAGAUGGUUCCUUUUGUUACCUGUCCUCGAGAAACUGGAGACAGGGGAGGGCUGACACCUUCACAAUGGUGUUCAGACCUGAUUCAGGGAAAAUCGUAGCUGCUUCAUUUUUUAUCCCCCAAAAGGCGCCUGGAUGACUCAUCUGUUUUGAGACGGCACCCACCCACAAAAGGUGGGUUUGAGCCUCGUGCCUCUUCAUUCAGUUAAGUGUGUCAAAAUCAUCAGUGCGUGUCUGAGCCCCAUUAACGACUUAAAAAUUGCUCUCUACUAUGAAAGCAACUCGCUGCCAUCUACUCUCCCCCCCUGUACCAUGAACGGCGCCGUGCACGCGGUGGGUGCUUGGUCUGAGGACUCCCGGGGCGGGGUCGGGGUGUGGGGCAGCGCUGGAGCCCCGCCUGGGCGGGGAACGAGCGGCGGCUCCUCACCUGACCCCGGAGGACGAGGGCCCGGACCGGGCUGCAGCGCGUCCCUGCUCCUCCACUUCGCAGCUUCCAACAGGACAUGAGGAUGAAGCAGUUCAUGGCCAUGUUAAAUAGGAAUAAAAACAAGGAUCCCCCACCCUCCAAGCUGCUGGAUCUAGCAGGAGAGCUUUGCCAGGACCUCCAGAGCUCAUCCCCUAGUCUGGAGAAGCUGGUUGGGGCCAUGAUGGGAUGCAAACACAAGAUGUAUUUUCUCACUAACAUCCACAUUGUCCGGGCUUGCGUGUUCGUUCACAUCCGUAAUGGGCAGCAUGACACAGCCUGCAGCCUCCUGGAGCACUGCAAGGCAGAAGAGAAGGAAGAACUGGUGCAACUUUGGCAUGAGGUUCACUACCGGAGGGUUAUGGAGAGACACCACAGGGAUUUUCUGACACCACUGCAGAAAUUCCGUUGCAGGAAGAGGAAUCCUCCACCUACUUCCCUUUGUCCUGAAGGUUUGAAGACUAGAAACCAUCCAGAAGAAGUACGGCAGCACCUGCACAGGUUUGCUGCAGAGGUGACAGCAAAGCCAGACAAGAAACAGCGGGAGACAUUGGCUCGGGACACGAACCUGCAGCCAGCUCAGAUCUAUAAUUGGUUUGCGAAUUAUCGGCGACGUCGAAAAUCCUGCGUCCUUCCUACGGAACAGCUCCACAUCUCCUGUCCUGAGAGGGCUUGGACUUCCCACGCAAAGGAGGAGCAGACUGCAGGUGGAUCUCAUGCAGGCGCUGGUUCUGAGCAAAUGGAGAUAACCCUCGCACCCUGUGAGCCAGGGUGGGAGCAGUCAGCUGCAGAUCUGGAUAAGCCUCCCAGAGGAACGUAUUUAGAGAUGCUGGAAUCCAGCUUUAUGCAGAGCACUGAGGUGUAUGAGGCAGGAACAAGCACGGCUUUGUUCUCCACUCCCAACACUGAACAACCUGUACCUUUCUGCACCGAGGCUGUGCUGGAACCAGGACCCUGCUUUAGCCCUGCUGUGCUGCAACCCAGAGCAGCAGUGAGCAGUGCUGGGGCCAGCCCCCAUCUGGGGAGCUUGGUCCUGUGCUCUUACAGGCCCUUUCCCAUCCUGGAUGAUCACCUGGCCAUGUGGCAGAGCCCUUGCAGCACCAGAGGAGUCUCUGGCUCUGUGUGGACCCCAGAUAUAGAAGCAGGUAUCAGAGUUCCCUUGAGCAGAGUCCCUCAAGGUGGCUCUAUUGAAGGCAGUCCAGGAAGAAUCAUUCAGCAGUCAGAUUUAGAGGUUGAAAGCUUCAUCCUUAGAGAAGGACAGCUAGGGACCCUGGAAUCUAUUCCCCACAGUUCCUGUCAGACUGUGUUUGACAAGCCUCAGUGCCCACCUGUUUCUGCACCCUGCAUGGAGGAAAGCCAAGCCUUGGGACAAAGCCAGGUCCUGGAGAAUCCAGCUGGUGACCCAUUAAGCAGCGACACGUUCUGGGCAGCCUGCCUGCUCUUUGAAUUCUCUGCCAGGGGACAGAUGUGACCUGCCUGCAGAGACACUCCGGGUGGGCUGCGCUUCCCCAGGAAACACCCCAUUGCUGCCUAUUUUUUCCUCUUGUGUUUUUUUAUAAAUGAAUCAGGAGUUUGACAAGGGGAUGAAUAAGAGUGAGGGAGAAGGAUGGAGGCGUUUUCAAAUGGUUAUGAAGUUUGAUUUACUUACAGUUUUAUUAAGAAUUUUGCAAAGGAUAGAAGAAACAUUGUGAACUGUAGGUUUUUACUGGAGCAGUCUGAAGCUGUAGUGUAGAUGCUAAAAUUACCAAGGCACUUGUUCUGUGGCACUUACAUGGAUUACCCAUAGCACUGGUGAGAUCAGAGUCCUUCACUGCAUCAUGAAGGUAAAUUAAGCUCCUCUGCUUUAAAGGAGUAAAAUUUAGUUAUAUUGCCUUACAGUGGAUAUUGGAUAACUUUUUCUCGGUUCUGGAAAACAAGGUCUCAGCUAAGUGCUGGUAAAAUACUGCUGUUUCUUAUCCCUGCAUUCCUGUUGUACUGCAGGGUGUAACUUCUGGAGGGUUCCAUGUUCCGUAGUGCCACAGAUGACACAAACCGGAGCAUGGCAGAAUUUUCAGCGCUAAAGCUCUGGCAGGACUGGGGGAGGGCAUACCAUGGUUUUGGUGUUUAAUACCAAGAAGUAGCAAGGCAAGCUCUUGGUGCAGGUUUAAAGCUAAUCCUGCAAGUCAUAGGGAGUGGUCUUAUGGGUAUUUUCCCAUUUUCCCUUUUUGGGUAUUUUUUGCAGUGUUACUGUGGGGGUUUAAAUCUGUAUUGGAGAAGGGGUCAUCUUUGCCAAACCUCCAGCCUGGAGAUACACGGAGGAGAUGUUUCCCUUACCUUUUGUUACAAAGUUAGCAAAUAAAGGUUGUCGAUUACUGUU